AUGGGGGCUCGUACCAAUCGGCAAAUUCUUACGCAAGGUAAGGGCUACGUUGCUAAACAGGCUAAGAAAUAUGGAGCUGAUGAAGUUAAUUUCGAUAAAGAUUCUCGGUUAGACUAUUUGACUGGAUUUCAUAAACGUAAGGUGGAAAGACAGAAAAAAGCCCAAGACUUUAACAAAGAGCAGGAUCGCCAAUUCAAAAUCGAGGAGCGUAGAAAAAUGCGGGAACAACGUCAAAAAAAGGCUGACGAACAGCUUAAGAAAUUCAAAGAGUCCAUGAAGGAAGUAGGUGAUUAUCUGGGAUCAGACGAAGAGCAAGGGAUUGACGAAGACGAGGGAGAUGAUAAGCAGACCGAACUAAUUGAAGAUUCAGAUGCCGAAAAUUCGUGGGAUGGAUUUUCGGAUGAUGGAGUAAAACCUAUUCUAAAAAAAUCCCAACAGGUUUACGAGGACGACACGGAAGUUGAUAUCGAACCUCUUGAGCCUAAUGAAAACUUCGAAUAUCUGGCAAAUAUAAAUAACGUGAAAUUAGAGCGCUCUGUUAAAGUGCUUGACGAAAGCAUUGAGCGGGCUGCCAAAUACGCUAAAUUCUUAGGAAUGGAUGAUAAGCCUAAGAAGAAGAAGAAGUUCAGAUAUUUGACUAAACAGGAAAGAAAACACAACCAAAAGAAGGCAGAUAACAAUAAGCGCAGGAGGUAG